GUAACACAGACUUUAAAAUCUAUGACUCCAUGAUUUGUAAGUCUCUGUGGUCUAUGGUCACAGAAGCAUGUGCUCCGUAACCAAGAUUAAACCUGCAGCAAUAGUAAAGGUGGAAAAUACCAACUGCAUAUUUGCUGGCCGCUGCAUCACGGGCGGAAGCCAUUAAAUUUGAUCACGAACUAAUAUACACGUCCUUGAUGUGAUGGCGAAGUCACUGGCAGGAAAGGUCUGUAUAGUUACAGGAGCUAGCAGAGGUAUUGGAAAAGGCAUAGCUCUUCAGCUUGGAACUGCUGGAGCAACUGUAUACAUUACAGGCCGAACUUUAAAAAAAAAAGAUGAUGAUCCUGUUGGAGGAUCUCUGGAAGAGACAGCUGAUGAGGUGAAGGCCAGGGGAGGGAAAUGCAUUCCUAUACAGUGUGACCACAGCAAAGAUGAGGAUAUAAAAAAUCUGUUUGACAGAGUCUCUCAGGAGCAGAAUGGGCAGCUUGAUGUACUAGUCAACAAUGCCUAUAGUGGAGUACAGAUCCUUGCUGAAAAUUUUGGUACACCUUUCUGGGAGCUGGAUGCUGACUUCUGGGAUGAAAUAAAUAACGUUGGAUUAAGGAACCAUUACAUCUGCGGUGUCUUUGCAGCACGCCUAAUGGUUCCUCGCAAACAAGGUCUCAUAAUAAAUGUGUCAUCUGCAGGAGGCUUGUCAUAUCUGUUUAAUGUGGCCUAUGGUAUUGGAAAAGAAGCAUGUGAUCGCAUGGCUGUUGACUGUGCUAAGGAGCUUCGAAAACACAAUGUGGCUUUUGUCAGCUUGUGGCCAGGAGUAGUACAAACGGAGAUGAUAAACCAUUUCCUAAAAUCAAAAACCUACGAGAACAACAGAGAAGUAACACUGCUGAAAAAGGCUAUAGAGAAUGGUGAGACUCCAGAAUAUACAGGAAUUUGCGUGGCCAGAUUAGCAGCAGAUCCUGAUAUAAUGAAAAAGACAGGACGCAUCCUGAUAGCAGCUGAUCUUGGAAGAGAAUAUGGGUUUACCGAUGUGACUGGUCAGCAGACUCAUUCAUUGAGAGAGCUUGGCUAUAUCCUGUCAUUUCUGACAGGCAACGCCAUCUUUUUAAAGUGGAUUCCAAGCUUUCUCAGGAUUCCUUACUGGAUUCUUUCCCUCCAGGGGAACAAAUUUUAAAUUUUACAGAAUAAAUGAAGCUAUUUUCAGCCCAAAAAGGAUCAGUUCUUGGUGUAAAUAAAGGAUACAGAUUAUAUCUUUUAUGGUUUUUUUUCAAAACGUUUUUAUUUAUUUUUUAAUAAUGUCUCAUUGCAUUACUGUUAUUCAUCACUAAAUUCAAGAUAAUCUUUAAAAAAACAAAAAGAAAAUAAGUUCUUUCCUACUUCCCUUUUGAGGAUUUUUGCAUUAAUCAUGUUGUGGAGGUAUGAUGGCAAAAUUGAUAAACAUUGUAAUAUUUCUUAUCUAGUCACUAGGAAUGUAGUCAUUAGGAAUCUAGUCACAGAAUCUAGCACACUCCUAGUUGUUGCAGUUGUAUUAGUAUUCAAAAACCCCACCUCUGAAUAUGUUUGGUGAUAAAAUCAUCAGAAUGUUCCUGUGUCCAAAAGAACUAAAGGACUAUCAAUGAUAAUAUAAUAACCAGCAGGCAGUCAAAAAAGAAAGGCCUCAUGCUGUUAUAGCGUUUUUGUGGAAGCUAUGACCCAAGCAUUCCACAUAUUGUCAGAAAGCAUUUACUUCUUUCUCCAUGUGAUAUAUAUAUAUAUAUGAACAGCAGGACUAUUAUUUGUUCCAUAUCCUGAUUGAGCUCAUAAAUCAUCCCUAAACUUUCCCCAUCUAGAUCUGCUUGAAAGGAAAUGUGCAUGACGAAAAUGAAUGUGCCUGUGGGAUGUUUCAUUACCAAAUUAAUGGACCCUGGAAGUAACCUCUAGUGGAAGUGCUUUUGUGUAUGCCUCUCAUCAUCUUCCACGGGCUCACGAUUAUUGCGGUUAUUACUUUGAUCAUUACUAGCCCAAAUGGGAUGCAUAGCAAAACAGGAAGAUUCAUGGUGAAUGCAAACAUUCGCAUCUGUCACACCAGUAACAUGGGCAUCAUGAGGACCAGCGGUGGGUCUUUCCACAGGAACAGCAGUCAACUGCAAACCCAUUGUUUUCCCACAAGUCUGGCAUGUGUUAAUACUGCAGACUUGAGAGCACUGUAGUAUGUUUGCUGCCACAUAUCCAGAGUGAGGCAGAAGACAACUCAUAGAAGGUGAAUGAACAUCUAGCGCCUGUUCCCCACUUUCACUUUCAUGAGGUAAAACCUGUACCUCAAAGUCUCCAUUAAGGUCAUCACCAUCUUCAAUCCUCACAGUGAAAGUGAGAUAUUCCAACUUUAUUCUGCAGCUGUCACUGAUUUCCACUCGUUGAUGCUGGUUCAAUGAGACUGAGUUCCCAUUUUCAUAAACUUGAACUUUUUUGGAUGUGUCCUUCUUCUUAAUAUACCAAUGUGGUCUGCAUGCUCUUUCCAACUGACACCAGAGCUCUACAAAGGAUCUUGGCAUGUCUGCUGCAUUCAGAAGAAUGUCAGCAGAAUGACUUCUUUCAAUGAGAAUGGAUUCACCUGGAUGUUUAUGUAGUUUUUGUUGCGGAAACUUAUCAGACAAUUGCUUGGGUGUUUUAUCUUGUGCAUAGCAUAGUGUUAAACAGUGUGGAGUUGCUAUAGUAUCGGCAUCCAGAGGAACUGUAUGAGCUUCAUCUCCAGAUUCCACAGUUGAUGCAUUCACAUCUACUGUAUCUGUAAUAGGACAAAGUUUCUUUUAUUGUCUAGCAGCAACUUUUAUCUCCCACUUCUCCACAUAGUUCCUUUCCUUUCUCACCUUACCCCCAACAUUAUUCUUCUCUGUCAGUUCACGGGAUAUCAUCCAGGCACAUCUCGUGAGUCGAACAUCUGACUCCCUGAAGUAGUUUAUAGUUAACACCAAUUUUGCCCUACCAAUCAAAAUUACUUAUAACAAAGUCAAAAACAUCUUUAUGUAAGUUGUGAAAUGUACUAAAAUGCAGUUCUUAAAUAUCAUCCUGUCUGCAGAUGUGCAGGAACUGAUUUUUAUGCUUCUCAGCCUACUGCUACUGUUUAUGCACAUUGUGCUUAAAUAGCAUCUGCUUAUGGAUAAUUUUUUUGUUUGUUAAUUUCCUUCUGAAUUCUUUAAAUAAAGACUAAUUUUCACAAGGCAAA